UUUAAUUGAUUUGUAAAUUCAUUUAUUGAUUUGUUUUUAAUAAACUGGUAAAUAAGUCAAAAAUUAAACUUGAUUUGCAUGAGAAUUUGUAAGAUAAACUAAUUUUCUUGGAUAAUAUUUUGGAUAUUAUAAAAAUUUUAAGAUGUUGUGGUUUAUAUCGACAUUAGCAUUUCUAUCAAUUGCGUUAAGUGGUACAAAUGGAGAAAAAAAAAUUGUUUGCUACUACGGUAGUUGGUCAAUAUAUCGGUCGUCAUAUGGAAAGUUUCAUAUUCUCAAUAUUGACCCAAACCUUUGUACACACUUAAUUUACACAUUUGUUGGACUAUCUGAGGAUGCGAAUAUCAGAGUUUUAGAUCCAUUGCAAGACUUAGCGGAUAACUUUGGACAAAAUGGGUUUGGUAUAUUUAAUGCUCUUCGUCAAAAGAAUCCAAAUCUUAAAACUUUGGUUGCUAUCGGAGGAUGGAAUGAAGGAUCUACAAAAUACUCAAAUGUCUUCCGACAGUCGCAUUUAAGGACUGCAUUUGCAGAGAACGCAUUGAAAUUUGUCAAGAAACACGGUUUCAAUGGGUUAGACUUGGAUUGGGAAUAUCCUAAUCAACGUGGCGGAUCUGCUGAGGACGUCAACAGUUUUGCAAUGCUCCUGAAAGAACUCAAAAAUAAAUUCACUCCCGAAGGAUAUCUUGUAAGUGUUGCUGUAGCUGCCACUGCAUCGUCUGCCGGUAAAUCGUACAACAUUAGAGAAAUGUCAAAAUAUGUUGAUUUCAUCAACGUAAUGGCUUACGAUCUACGUGGAUCUUGGGAUAGUUCCAAAAGAGUCGGAAUAAAUGCACCAUUCCGAUCAUCAUCCAAAGAAGACCAGCAACUAGCUUCUUGGAAUAUUGAAGCUAUAGUAAAAUACUGGUUGGAUCAGGGAGCUUCUCCUGAAAAGAUAAUACUUGGAACCGCCUUUUACGGCAGAUCCUUCACUUUGGUAGAUCCGAAUAAACACAAUGUUGGUGACUCUUUCAGUGGUCCUGGAACAGCUGGAAAAUAUACCAGAGAAGCGGGUAUGUUGGGAUAUAAUGAAAUCUGUGAGCUCCAGAAAAAUGAUGGAUGGACAAUUGCAUUCGAUGAUGAACAAAAAGUUCCAUACUCUUACGGUGGUAAUCAAUGGGUCGGAUAUGAUGACGUGCGAUCGUUGAAAAUAAAAGCGGAACAUGUAAUAAAAAUGGGAUUAGGAGGUGCAAUGUUACGGAGUAUUGAUACAGAUGAUUUCAGAGGAAUUUGCGGAGAGGUAUACCCUCUUUUAAAGACGUUAAACAAUGUUUUGCGUAAAGAAUCAUCACCACCAACAACUACUCCUGCCAUUGGUGACGACAUAUCCCAGUAAACGAAAACUAAUUGAAAUGAAUUAAAAAGAAUUCACAAAGAGCUUUCGUGAAUCCCGCUUUGUGACAAAUACGAAUUGGAGCCAUGAUGCAAUUUUCCUGAA